AUGAAUUUUAAUCAGCAACAAGAACAUUGCAACUCUCCGAAUGAUGGCAACAAUAAUCAAGCCUAUCAUGGAGGUUAUUCUUCCACAUCCUCUCCUAAUAACAAUUCUACUUCUACCAAUCAACAAGACCAACAACAACAACAACAACAUUCACCAACAACCAAUUGUUCCUAUAGUACUUCCUCCACCAAUCAACAACAACAUCAUCAACACUCUGUAAAUCCUCAUCAACAUUACAAUAAUAAUCAUGAUACAAUAGUUUCUCAUGAUUCAUGUCUCUCCCAACAUGAAAACAAUGCCAAAAUUCAACAGCACAACAACAAUUCAGGACAAGAAGAAGAAAAGCAAGUGUUGAAUUCUAAUAAUGAACUAUUCUUUUUUGUAAUGACUCCAGAGGAGAUGAAACAAUUUAUGGAACGAGUGAAUGGUUUUGUGAGAGAGAGGAAACCACAUCAGGCUCUUUCAUUGUUGGCUAAUAAGGCAAAGAAUUUUCAAACUCAUUUAGAAGAUUUGAUGGGUCAGCAAGAUCAGUUAUUACAGAAAACACGAGAAUCCAAACUAAAGUUUCAAUUCUUUGAUGAUAUUAAGAAUUUCCAGCAAACUUUCUAUCACGAUCAGGAAAGAUUAAGGCAAAUCAAUGAUACAAUUUAUGCAGUUCGUUCACAAUUGAUUAGUGUACUCUUGAAAAAGGUUGAAAUGCUUUUACCAAUGCAACUGGAACAAGAAGCUGAGAGAGAUUUAAAGACAAUCUUCCAAAAUGAUCCACAAAAUGAUACUGCCAAUAGAUAUGUAGCUCAACUUGAAAAACAAAUUCAAGACAAAAUGUACAGGGAGGAACAGGAACGAUUGGCCAAACUCCAACAGCAAGAAGAAGAACCAACCUUGGAUCAAGAUGUUACUGAGAGAAAGAGAACGAAUACUGUCUAUGAUUUCAGCGAGGAUUGUGAAGAGCUUGAGUGUCCACUUUGUUACAGAGUAUUCUAUGAACCUGUAACGUUGAGUUGUGGACAUACGUUUGAUAGAAGUUGCAUUUGUAGAGUGCACGAUUAUAGUGAUAAGUGUCCACUGUGUAGACAGACCAUUCACGUGGUGCCAUACGAUUAUCCAAUUACUGUGGUUAUUAAUGAACUCUGUCAAAAGUAUUGUAAAGCUCAAUACGAAGAGAGAAAGAAGGAAAUGGAAGAAGAGGUUGGGACAAGACAACUCAAUGUGAAUCACAUUCCAAUCUUUGUAUUAGACUUUGUACUCUAUCCACAUACCGUACUACCAUUGCACAUUUUUGAACCAAGAUAUCGACUCAUGAUGAGAAGAUGUAUGAGUGGAAGUAAAUGCUUUGGAUUGGUUUGUUGUGGACCCAAUAGAAAUGGUGACAUUGCCAAGUAUGGGUGUAUUGCCAAGAUUACGAGCUUUAAAAUGUUGCCAGAUGGUAGAAGUAUCAUUGAGACAGUUGGUACUGAACGAUUCAAAAUUCUGGAAAAGUGGGACACUGAUGGAUAUAUUUGUGCCAAAGUUCAAAUUCUCAAAGAUAAGACUGAAAAUGAAAUAUCUGUCAUUGAGAAUUCUCAAAGAAAUAGGGAUACUAUUUCUGCUGUUGUGAGCUCAUCCUCGAAUAAUAGUACUACUAAUAAUGGUAACAAUGGCCAGCAGCAACAAUCUGAAACACUCAAUUCAGGUGCUAGUUCUAAUAUUCCCCUCACCUCCUUUGCAUCAUUGGCUGAAUUGCAAACCAAUGUGUGGCGUCAAGCAGAGAGAUUGUCUCUCCAACAAUUACAUGACCAACUCUACAUGAUGGUUGAGACUUUCAUGAUGGAAGUUGGUGACGAAACCAAGCAAGCCAUUCUCCAAAAGAUUGGACCAUUCCCAAAGGAAAACGAACCAGAAAAGUUGAGUUUUUGGGUGAGUGCCAUGCUUCCUCUCACAACACAACUCAAACUUGACUUGCUUUCAAUUACCAAUACUAAGGAAAGAUUAAGAGUUUUAUUGUCAAUCUGUAGGCAAAUUGCCCAAUCUCAACAAACGGGAUGUUCUGUUCAAUAA